AUGAAUAAUAAUAAUAAUAAAAUUAUACCAAUAUUACCAGUUUAUUUACAAAAACAAAUUAUUAAAAUAUUAUGUGAAUUUAUAAAUGAAAAGAAUAGAGUUAUUGAGCCAAUAACAAUAGAUUUAGAUUAUAGAAGUCAUGAAAGUAUAAUAAAGAAAUUAACAAUGAAACUGUCAUUAGUUUGUAAGUUAUGGUUUAAAACAGUAUCAGAGAAUCUUUAUGUUUCAGUGGAUUUCAAUUUUAGUGAUAGUGAAUAUUCGAUAAAUAAAAGAGAGAAUAUGCAAAUUUUGAAAUUACAUUUCAAUCAUCCAAGUAACUAUUAUUAUAAAAUGAUAAGAGGCGUUGAAACACCAAUUGAAAAUCAAGAGAUAUCAGAUACAAUUAAAACUAUGAAUCAAUUAGAGUCAUUGAUAUUUAGAAAUAUUAAUAUUAAUGGUAGUGAAAGUCACGAGUUGAAUUUCUUAGAUUUAAUAGAUUGCAAUUCUAUUAGUAGACCUGGUGGUUUGGAAGUGCUGGAAGUUGAAAUUCAUUCAGAUACCGAUCAAUUGAAAUUGGACCAUUUAAAAUCAACAGUUUCAAAAGUAUUCUCAUUAAUUAUAAACAAUUGUCAAUCUAAAGAGAUCAUCAUUGAUACUCUCAAACAUUGGAAUCAAAGUAUUCAUCAGUUUUAUGUUGUAUCUCAUUCAUCAUCAAUUCCACCAUUCCCUUGGAAAUCAUUAUCAUUAUCAGGUUACCUUUCAAAUAUACAAUAUUAUGAAAUCUAUGGUAUUGAUUUACGUUUAUCAACUUUAUCAACACUUUUAAAAUCUUCACGGAAUUUAAAACAUUUCUCAUUUAGUAUUUGUUUAGAUAAAUUUAUUUAUUUUUUAAAUAAAAUAUUAAAUAUUGAUGAUAUUAAUAAUAUUGAUAGUAAUAAUAAUAAUAAUAAUAAUCAUAAUAAAAUUAAAAAGAAUAAAAGAUAUGAUAUGGUUGAAAAACUUAUUAUGAAACAAAUAAAUCAAGUUAGAAGAAAUAAAAAAUCAAAUAAUCAAGGUAAUAAAGAUGAAGAUGAUAGUGAUAGUGAUAGUGAUAGUGAUGAAAGUGAUGAUAUGGAUAUUGAUGACUCUGAUGAGUCUGAUGAUGAUGAUAAUAAUAAUAAUGAUGAUUGUAAUAAAAUUAUUAAAUGUACAUGUCAUAGUUUAAUAUUUAGUAAAACAAAUAUAAAUUAUUAUAAUAAUAGUGAAUUUAAUGAUAGUAUGGAAGAUGAAAAACCAAAUCAAGAAGGUAUAGAAGAGGAUGAGGAUGAAGCAAAAGAAAUUCGAGUAUUUAGAAAUGAAUGGUUACAUUUUCGUUCAAUUAUAGAGAAUCAUAAUUCAUUGGAAUCAUUACAUAUUGGUCAAGAAUGUAAAGAGAAUGGCGAAGUUAUGGAAUUCUCUCAAAGAAAACAAAGAUCGAUAAAGUUAUCCAAUGCAUUCGUUAAAGAGUUUGGUUCAAUGAUUUCAUCAAUUGCACCGUUAAGAAAAUUAUCAAUAUUAGGUUUAAAUUCUGAUCAACUCAUUAGAUAUAUUUCAUCAAUCAAUAAAAAAAUUACAAAAUAUUUUCAUGUUGAAAGUAUAAUGGAUGAUGGUUCUUAUGCUCAUGAUGAUACACCAACAAUUCAAUCAAUAUUAGUUGAUAAUCCACAAAUCACUGAUUUGAAACAUACUAAAUUCGUUUUCACAGUUCAAAAACAAUUAUUUAAUGAUUUAUAUAAUGGUAAUGAACCUUUUAAUACAAAUGUUUUAAAUGAUCUUUUAUCAUUUAAGGAAAAUGUUAUUUUCCUUUAUAAAAAAUAA